AUCGCUGGAGCGUUCCUAGGAUGGAUUAAGGAGUUCCUAACCGGACGUAGUAUGAGUGUCAGGAUCGGAAGCAUAACCUCCAUCCCAGCCCCGGUAGAAAACGGAGUACCCCAAGGCGCGGUACUGAGCCCAAUCCUUUUCAACAUCAUGUUAAUCGACUUCCUAUCCUCCACUCCAGAGACGAAGAUAUCACUCUACGCCGACGAUGUGCUUCUCUACUCAAUGGUGAAACGCCCAGCGGACGCCGAAGUGACCCUACAGCCAGUCCUAGACAAAGUCCGAAGAUGGGGAAGGAAAUGGAAGUUUAGCUUCACCCCGAAUAAAAACGCGAUGGUUGUUUUCACAAGAGCCUAUAAACCCGGGAAUGAUCCUCUUCUCUAUCUGGAUGGCCACCGAAUUCCCUCUCAACCCACCUUUAAUUUCCUGGAACUCUGGUUCGACUCCAAGCUGCUGUGGAAAUCCCACAUCGAUCACGUAACCAACCGUUGCCUCAAACUUAAAAACCUUUUCUCUAUUCUGACUAGAUCCAAAGCUGGCCUAACAACUCAAACACUCGUCCUCCUGCACAAAAGCCUCGUCAGAAGCCUGAUGGACUAUGGGGCUAUAGCCUACGGCGCCGCCAGCAAAACUAACUUGGAAAGAGUGGACGUUGUGGGACGCGCUAUACUAAGGAACAUACUGGGCGCGAAUCUAUCUACCCCAGUAGAAAUGUUGUAUGCGGAAACAGGGACGGAAUCACUCAGCUGGAGAACCAAACUGCUCACCCGUAAAUACCUGAUAAACCUAAGCCACAAACCUAAUAACCCAAUACAUAAGCCGUUCGUCCAGCUCGCUACCACAACCACCCCAUGGAAACCUAGAAGCACCCCAGGCUUAAUUAAGGAAUUGGACUUCGUCAAAUCCCUGGGCAUAAGCCUCUUUCCACACCAACUCUUACUACCAUCCACCCACAAGUACCCACCACCCAGCAGACCACCCGACUGCAAAACCUCAUGGUUCCCCCUGAACAAAGAACAAGCCAUGGCAUGCAGGCACCGGACAACAAACCUCUUCAACUCCCUCAACAGCAGUGCACCGGUGACAUCCAUCAGGGCCUACACCGACGGAUCCAAAUCAUCGUCCCCCGAGACCACAACGUGCGCUAUUUUUGUCCCCACCCUAAACAUUGAACAUGCCUGGACGCUAACGAAAGGCUCCAGCAUUUUCACGGCGGAAGUCACAGCCAUAUACCAGGCCCUGAAACUAAUUUACGACAUGGACGACUCCCCAGAAGUUAUCAUAUACAGUGACUCCAGUUCAGCCAUCACUGCCAUCUCAUCGAAUUCCCUAUCGGAAAAUGAAGCGGUUACAGCCACCCGGAAAAUAAUUGCCAGCCUCAAAUCAAGCGGCACUCGAACUAGUCUGACAUGGAUCCCUAGUCACACUGGUAUAGAAGGAAAUGAAAGGGCGGACAGACUGGCAGCUAUGGAAUGCAACACCCAGGACGGAGAGAGAGUCAACAACAGCCUGUCCCCCAAAGAAAUGGUCUCAAUAAUAAGGGCCAACUGGGCCACCAACCUCCUCCGUGACCAGAAGACUUGCAAGAAAAGUUGCAUACAGAUGAGACCCAGGUUAGGCACCAUCAAAUGGCACCAACACGGAAACAGGCAAGUAGCAAUAUGCCUGCACAGACUCCGCUCAGGGCACAACCGACUCAAUGCUUUCAACCACAGGAUAGACCCAGAAGCCGACCCAAGCUGCCGCUUUGGAUGCGCAGCCAUCGAAAACACCCGCCACAUACUAGAAUCCUGCCCAAGAAAUGAAGAAUUCCGCCUUAAAAUCCGCCAGUUCUUUUCGGAUAGGAACCUCGAACUCAAUGCUAAUACCAUUCUCGGCCUCAACCCAGCAGUCGACACAGAUUCCCAGUUUAAAAUCCGGAACCUAACGACCCAGUUCCUAACGCAAUCCGCGCUGAUCAACAUAAUCUAACAAGCCAUAGGUAACCGACGAGGGUAAGGAUUUCAAAAGCGUUUACGAACGCUGAAAAAAAAAAAUUAAAAAAUCUGAAAAGAACCUCG